UAGCCAGUCUCUGUGCUUCCCCCACAAGCCCCAGACAGCGUGAAGAGAGAGGAGAAUCAGCAGAGGAACAGCAUGCCGGCGUACAGCACCAACAUGAGGCUUAAGUUCCCCAUUCUGGCCUUGAUUCUGGAAAUCAUCACCAUUGUCCUGUACGCCCUGUUUGUGGUUUACGACACCGGGGAUGACAAAGGACAUGGGGAUCAUCACGAAAAAAGCAAUCAAACUGAAAGUCCAAUGACUCUUUAUCCCAUGUUUCAGGAUGUACACGUGAUGAUCUUCAUUGGCUUUGGCUUCUUGAUGACCUUUUUGAAGAGAUAUGGCUUCACCAGUGUGGGCGUCAACCUGUUGCUGGCUGCCUUCGGCUUGCAGUGGGGUCUCCUCCUCCAGAACGUCUGGCACAUGCAUGGUGGAAAAAUAAGAGUCAGCAUUGAUAGGAUGAUUAAUGCAGACUUCAGCACAGCAACAGUUCUGAUCUCAUUUGGAGCAGUUUUGGGAAAAACCAGCCCCGUCCAGCUCCUCAUCAUGACCCUACUGGAGAUCACAACCUUCUGCAUUAAUGAGCAUUUGGUGGUGGAAAUACUUGGGGUUUCUGACGUUGGUGCCUCCAUGACCAUCCAUGCUUUUGGGGCUUACUUUGGAUUAUCGGUGGCUCGUGUUCUCUAUAGGCCUGGUCUGCGUAAUGGCCAUGAAAAUGAUGGAUCAGUCUACCACUCAGACUUGUUUGCAAUGAUCGGCACAGUCUACCUGUGGAUGUUCUGGCCCAGCUUUAAUUCAGCUAUCGCAACACCUGGUGAUCACCAGUUAAGAGCUGUUGUCAACACAUAUUUCUCCUUGGCUGCUUGUGCUCUCGCUGCCUAUGCUACUUCCAGUCUGGUGGAGAAGAAGGGGAAACUUGACAUGGUUCACAUUCAGAAUGCCACUCUGGCCGGAGGUGUCGCUGUGGGCACCUGCGCUGACAUGGACAUCCAGCCAUUUGGAGCCAUGCUGAUUGGAAUCACUGCCGGCAUCAUCUCCACAGUUGGCUUCAAGUUCCUCACUCCCAUACUCGCCUCUAAACUUGGCAUCCAAGACACCUGUGGUGUGCAUAACCUUCAUGGCAUGCCGGGCAUCCUGGGAGGCGUUGCUGGCAUUUUGGCGGCAGCACUGAAUAGGAAAGAAGGUGUCUCAGCAACUUAUCAGGCAGCUGGGUUGGCAUCAUCUCUGGGGUUUGCUUUGGUUGGUGGAUUGAUCACAGGUCUAAUUAUGAAGAUUCCAUUUUUGGGACAGCCACCCGACCAAAACUGCUUUGAUGACUCAAUCUACUGGGAGGUACCUGAGGAAGAGGAGGAAACUGAAGAGCGUUUGACUCAUGGUGAUUAUUCCAAGAACAAAGCAGAGGCUUGAAGAUUUACUUCAAACCAGCUUUCCAAAACAAGUGACCCGGUCCAAUAAGCAACUCAGGAGCAUUUCUGCUAUCAGCAUCUACACCACUUCUAAACAAUGAACCUUGGCAUCUGUUCAUUUUAAAAUAGGUGUUUUUCUAAAUAUGUGUAGCUAAAUAUGAAAAACUUAAGUCAUGUUAUUAAUGAAAAUGAUGGUAAACAUUUUAGGAUUAGGUAUUAUAUAACUAAAUGUAAGGAGGUUAAGAGUGUUUAAACAAAAGUUAAAGGGAUAGUUCAGUCAAAAAUGAAAAUUUCCUCACACAUUACCUUCUUCUGUUAAACACAAACCAAGAUACUUGAGAAUGUUGGGGGAACAACAGCUAAAAAUAUUUAGAAAAGUACUUAAAAAUACUUUUAAUGCUUUUUUUCCCAACAUUUUUUCAAAAUAUCUUGUUUAGCUUUUAUCAGAAGAAACUUAAACAGGUUUGGAGACACCUGAGGGUGAGGAAAUGGUGAGUAAAUUUUCAUUUUUCUGCGUAAACCAUUCUUUUACUUUAAUGUAGGUCAGUUAUCAUUGUCAUCUGCUGAACAGACACUGACUUACUGACUAGUUGCUCACUGUAAUGUGCCAAAAAUCUGAGCCAGUGUGAGACUUCCUAAGUGUCCUUUAUCAGAGUAGUUCAUUUAGAAUUGAAUAAGCUUUUUUUACAAACCCAGCUUUCAUAAUUUCAUAAUGUUUUUAUUUUUUACAAGUAUGCCUAUUAGUCUACAUUGAAAGCGAGAUCUUCUUGUAACAAUAAUUUUUACUUAUUAUUGUGAUAACCUUUUAUCCAAUGAUAUAUGAAGUAUUUGUAACUGUUGUAUCCUUAAAAACUAACAAAUAUAAUGUUGCCUUUUAUAUUUUCACACAGUACUCAAACUUUAAAAUGCGCUCAGGUGAAUACAGUGGCCCCAAGAAGAAAGAAAAAGAAACAACAUAUAAACAGUGGCAAAUCUGUAAGAGAAAUAUAACUAUCCAUGCCUAGAAGACUUUUGUGGAAUUAAUUUUAAGGAAAUGCUCAAGCAGGUUUUGUUUUUACUGUGAUUUGGGUCGAAAUACUUGUCCAAAAGUGUUUUUUGGGGGGGUCACUGUACUAUAUAUCUUUGAAGCUUUAUCUUUUUGUCAGGAUUAUUGUACAUGUAAGAUGCCAUACAAGAACUUUACAAACAGUAUGUGACCCUGGAGCCCAAAAUCAGUCUUAAGUUGCAUGUAUAUUUGUAGGAAUAGCCGAAAAAUAAAUUAUACCCUUUUUAUUUUAUGGCAAAAAUCUUUCAAAUAUUAUUAUGUGUCAUGAAGACAUUUUGUAAAUUUUUGACUGUAAAUAUUUCAAAACAUAAUUUCUGAUUAGGAAUAUGCAUUGUUAUGAACUUAAUUUGGACAACUUUAAAAGCAAUCUCAAUGUUUAGAUUUUUUUAAACCCGCAGAUUUGAGAUUUUCAAAUAGUUGAAUCUGAGUCAAAUAUUGUCCUACUUCAACUCAUGACUGGUUAUUUGGUCCAGGGUCACAAAUGAACUCUUUUACAGCUUUUGCUGAACCUUCUGCACACAGUAUUAAUAAGCAGACGUGAUCGGAUAGUCACUGCUUGUAUUUAGUAAGUCUACCAAAUGCUAUUGUUGUGAAAUCAUUGUAGACCAUCUUACUGCAAGCUGAUUUACUGAUUCAAAUUUUGUCUUUGAAUGUGUUCCCACAUGUCCCACUCCCAAACCUCAUCACUUAAUUGAAUUUGAAAAGUUUGUGAAUGUAUUAAACUUUUACUGUCAUUUAUAAAAA